AUAAUCAGAUUUAGCGCAUUGAAGCCGAGCUCUAGCAUCGAGGCGCUACACAAAUCAGCUACGCAAACAGACAUUCUUACACACACACACACACAGACAUAUACGGACAUAGAUAGCAGUAAUUGUAGUGCGCUCAUAGACAUUUGUUAAGUGCAGUCGUCCGGCACCGCCAAAUACCGCUUGCUGGAGGCACUUUCGGUCGGUGGAUCGGUGGAUCGGUGCCGGGCUGCCGGGGCAACUCACACCAAAUUGAAUUUGCGGCAAUUGUGUCUGUGUUUUUGGAGCGAAUGACGGAUUUGCUUGUAAAUCAGCUAAACAGUUUAGCAUUAACCGCGCCACAUAACGUUUCUACGACGAGUACGAAUUUCCACGGAUCGAAAAAUUGUUGAAAGCUGAGUUCUAAGAUCUAAAAGGAAAAAUUGGAAUAUUUAUUUAAAAUUUCGCUAGCAUUGAGCUAAGUUUACUAAUUCCCAGGCAGUGCAAAGUGGAAUAGUGGAAUUAAAAAAAUAUAUGUAUAUCGCCAAGCUAUUUGCAGCUUCGAUGCUUCUCCAACUGUUUUUCUGAGCUGACCGAUUGUGAACAAGUUAAUACAUAUGAAAGUGUUUAGUAAAAUGAUUAUGAAAUAGAAUAACUUAAUAACAGAAUAAACAACAACAAAAUCAUCAAAAAAAAACAAAAAAGGACGGGAAAUAUUUUACUGAAAUACUAAAAAGCUUAGAAAAAUCUACAUACGACUAUUACUACACAUGCAUAAAAUAAAAGCACACUCAAAAAUUUCGUCAAUCCAAAAAAAGAUAAUAAUUGAAAAAAAUUAUAAAUCCACUUUAAUAUCCAACAACGAAUCGGAAGUGCGCCAAAAACAUAAAAAUUAGCAGCCACAAAUUGGACGAGACCAAUGUGCAAUCACAAAUAAUAAAUGUUACAAUCAUACAAAUAUGUAUUCUAGUUAAUAUAAUACAAUAAAAGUAAAAAUUAUUAUGAUUGUUUAAAAUCACAAUCAACAAACUUAAAUUGCUGAAGAAAAGAACGCCAACACAAUCGGAAAGCGAGCAAGCAAGCAAGCAGCAGAAAAAAACAACGAUUUGACGUCGGUGAUCAAACGGGCAUACUGAGUGUCAAAUUGUGCGCGCUCUCCAAAACUGAGCACGCAAUAAUAUCGCACCAAUCGCAGUUGUUCUUUUUCUUAUCUCACGCAAACUUUCCCCAACUUAAGCAAAUACACAUCUACUUUAUAGACUACGCUCGUUUGCCAUCGCCAACGCCACCUCCAAACGACUUGCUGCUGCGCCCCUAUUCCCUCACAAAUCAUCAGCUCUCCAGCAACGCAAUCAAUUGACCCAACAGCGGCGCCAUUAAUUUCCUUUUGAAUGGAAACACUGGACAGUGGCAUUUAUGAGACGCAUAACUGCCGCCGCCUGCGACACCUGCAACGCCUGCUACUCAACGCUGUUUGUCAUCGUAACGAUAAAGGCAGCGACGCCGUUAGCAUCUGCUUCAGCUGCAACGUCAACGACACAGCCAACUCCAAAGCUAAGAACAGCGUCAGCGUCCACACGUACGCCAUUUGCGUACAACAACAACGCCUCUUCUGCGGCUGCUACCUGCUAGCUAGUGGCGACUAUACGCUGUGGAUUGUCAAAUUGAAUUAUCCAAAAGAUCGAUAAAAAAUUCUUCAACUAAUUGUUUGAAAUUUCUGAUAAACGGAAAUUUUGCCUACUAUUUUUUACCAAACGUAAACAAAUAGUGGUAUUUGCAUCGAGGCAAACCGGAAAAAAACACCGCAACAAAAACUCAACAUCUAUUUUUUAAGUGAUUAAUUUCACUUCUUCAAUUUUAUUCACUUAAUUUUAUUCGUCUCGAUUCAAGCGAGAGAAAAGCCAACAAAAAACCGAACUCAUAGAAUGGUAGAAGGUGAUUCGAUUAAGAAUAAAAGUGAUUCCUAUAAUGUAGAGGCUGGCAUCCAACCAAACUACAAUAACAGCAGAAAUAACUCGAUCGACAAUCGUUCCAUUCUACAGCCCUAUUCGUUGGGCAGUGGCGGCAAGGAUCCCGAAUAUCAAUUUGCAGCAGUCAAUAAGGGUUACGAGACGGACAUUAGCAGCGCUGGCGGCGAUAAGCAUGACGUAGAAAAGGGUAGUGCGGCCGUCAUUGAGGUCACCCACAACGGCGUCGUUCCACACAGCGGCAGCGGCAACGGCAACGGCAACGGCGGUGGCAGCAAUGGCGGAAGUGGCGGCUCAGGCGCCGAUGGCCGCCGCUCCACUGGCAUACGGGCCGGUUUCGAGCAGGCCAUCGAAUUAUGCGGCUAUGGAAAAUUCCAUUAUAUUCUAUUGGCCAUUUGUGGUCUGGUGAGCACCAGUGAAGAAAUGGACGUCAUCUCCAUGUCGUUCAUUCUACCAUCGGCACAAUGUGAUUUGGAUUUGAAUACGAGCACCAAAGGAUGGCUCAAUUCAAUUAUAUUCAUUGGUAUGAUGGUCGGUGCCUACUUCUGGGGCAGCAUCGCCGAUGCGGUCGGACGUAAAAAGGUGCUCAUUGUGAUCUCCUUUAUGAAUGGCUUUUGUAUUGUUGCAUCGUCAUUUUCGCAAACCUACGGAUGGUUUAUGCUGUUUCGCUUUCUCAAUGGCGCGGCUCUCGGCGGCAGCGGUCCAGUCAUUUGGUCGUACUUCGCCGAAUUCCAGCCGAAAGCGAAACGUGGCUCCAUGUUGAGUUUCAUGGCUGCCUUCUGGACCUUUGGUAAUCUCUUUGUUGCCGGCCUUGCAUGGUUGAUCAUUCCCAGCAGCCUUGGCUUCAAAACCGACUUAAUUACAUACAAUUCAUGGCGUAUCUUCUUGAUGGUGUGCGCUCUGCCAUCAUUCGUGGUCGCCUUCCUGCUCUUCUAUUUGCCCGAAUCGCCGAAAUUCCUGCUAACCAAGGGCAAACAAGAAAGGGCCAUGGCCAUCUUCCGUGGCAUCUUCGUGACCAACACACGCAAACCGGCAGAACAAUAUCCCGUCAUCGAACUGGACAUCGACGAGAAACUGUUGGCCGAGAUCAAGGAGAAUCAGGCUGGCGUCAAGGGCAAAUACAGUAAAAUGAUGUCGAAUAUGGCCGAUCACAGCAAACAACUGUUCACCUCGCCGAUUCUAAAAUUCACACUCAUCUCCAUUACCAUCAACUUUACCUUUCACAUCGGCUACUACGGCCUGAUGAUGUGGUUCCCAGAGCUGUUCAAUCGCUUCGAAAAGUACAGCGUCGCCUUCCCAGAUCAGCGCGCCGGUGUGUGCACAGUCACCGAUUAUGUGGUGGGUAAGAUAGAGGAAGAAGAUGCCGUCUGCUCAGGGCACAUACCUCAGAGCGUAUUCCAGGAGUCAUUGAUCUCCUUAGCCUCCGCGCUGCCAGCCAACCUGAUCGCCAUUUUGGGCAUGGACUUGCUGGGGCGCAAAUUCUUCCUUAUCUUCGGCACCAUGACUGCUGGCGUGUGCUCGGCUGCCAUGUACUUCGUGUUCAGCUCGACACAGAACCUGAUCGUGACGGCUGUGUUCAGUGGUGCCAUCUCAGCUGCCAAUGCAGCCUUGGACUGUCUCAUUACCGAGGUCUUCCCUACACAUUUGCGCGCCACCGGUGUGGCCAUCUCCAUGGUGGCGGCGCGUAUGGGUGGCAUCAUUGGUAACAUUGUGAUUGCAUCACUACUGGAUCAGUAUUGCCCGGCACCGACGUUCAUUGUGGCCAUCCUAUUGAUGGGUGGCGGUCUCAUGUGUUUGAUGUUGCCCAAUACAACGCGCAAAGAAUUGAAUUAAAAAUGGAUUGGCGAGUAGAGAUUGUGGAGCAGAGCAGAUGGAAGAAGUUAGCGGAGAAUUGUAGCAGAGAUCUGCCCGAGUUAGGAUAAAAUAAAUACUCGGAACAAACGAAUUUCGUGGUGGGAUUUAGUUGAGUGGGGAACAAAACGCAUGUACACAUACAAACAGAAAACAAAAACAAAAACAAAA